AUGUAUUUAGAUGUGACGUGCAAAGAACUGUCGAGCUGCCUGCUUGGCUCUGCGCGGACUCCUCGUCGGGAAGCUUUCCAGCGAGGGCUGGAGCGCUGCGAGCCAGGGCUCCAGACAAAGAGGGAAAGAACUGAGCCGCGUCGCGGGCAAAUCCAACGCAAAGCAGCUUUCCUCCGGGGUGAUAAAGGGCCAGAGAACCUCAUUCGGGGGCAGCCGAUGUCUGUGGGAAGGGGGGGAGGGGAGCUCCGAAGGCAGGCGCGCUUAUAUUCCGCAGAGAAGGGCUUUGCUCUUCCCCUCCCAACCACCAGCCCUUCUCACAGAAAGGAGACCCCAAUCCGAAGCGCUCACAGACAGCCAGAGCCCCCGUUUGCUUCUGUCAAGUCUAAUGUGUCUCAAGGCAGCCGCAGGUAAGUUUUGCCCCGGCUCUCUCAGCUUAUAUAUUGACCAAACACAGGUGAGGCUCGCCCAGCCCCGUCGUAUGGAACAAAGUCAGUUCCUACUGGACACUCAAAAAACAAAGCACCCACACCACCCACUCCCCAUUUCUAAGAAAGGGAGAGCUGGAUUCUGCUCCUAAGGUUGUUCGCCUGGAGGUCUUUGGCCGGAGUGGCUCCGAAUUCUCCGCUCUGGCUUUGUCCUUGUGAGCUAUCCCUCCCUCCUCCUCCUCCCUCCCCCCUCCCCAGAAUGGAGAAGAGAGCGCUGAGUGGAUCUCCUGCUCCAGCUCGACCCCCACCCCUUCUUCUUCCUCCACCACCACGCCUGGCUCGCCUUGUGCUUCUCUGUGCUUGCUUGGCUCUGCCCCAACAGGACACGGGGUUAAGCGCGCUCAGCGGAGUUCCCAAACAACGAAACUUCUGGGAACGGAAGAAUCUGGCACUCGGCUAGAAAAGGAGGUUCCUGAUGGUGGGAAACUGAUCUUCACGGAGCAUCUAGAGCAGCCCGAGGGAUCGCGCCUCGGUCUCUCCCAACUUCCCCCUCCCCUUGGAGACAGAAGAUUUCUGCAUCUGCCAGCCUCAGCCCUUCACGCGGAAAAAUCUACCUCGGUUUCUGACUCCUGAAGGGUUAACACACACAUCCACACGCACCGAAUCUCGCGGUGACCUUUUCCUUUGCGACUCCCCCACUCUCCCUUUCAGGCUCCGGUUCUUCCGCUCGCAGGGAGCUUGGACGGCUGUCUAGACCGAUCUAUCACAGGCGAGCGAAACAAUACCGGGGGGGGGGGGAGAGAAAAGCCGCCUUCCCUUUUCUCUCCUCCUCCUCUAGCACCGCACCUCACCUUCGAGAUGAAAUGGGGUAAUAAAGAACCAUCAUCCGCAGUACCAACAGCUGGUGGGUUUGCAGAGACCCCUGAAACAGCCCACCCUCAUGGCUGACAAACGGGGUUUUGUCUGUCCCUGUUUAGCGCACGCUAAAUGCGCGCGGCACGUUUCGUGUCCCGCAGUUGCCCUGGGCGAAGGGCCUGGGCUCCCCUCGGAGAAAGUGUGGGGAAAGAGGGGGAGAGGCGAGAUUCCAAGCCUUCCAGAGAGUAGAGAACUUAAUCAUUGCGUCGGAAGGGCUGGUUCCCAGAUUCCACUCUUCUUUGCUUGUCCAAAAACUCCUUGACUCUAUCUGACCCAGCUCGAAAACGAGGCAGUUUCCGGCUUAGUAGAUGGAAAGGCCGAUUCUGCAAAGAGCUGGGAAAUAGCUAAUGGGAUGUGCGACUCAUUGAUCCAGAGGAUACUUCCUAAUUAACUCCCAGUCACCAAUUCAAAGAUCUCGUCUACUGUGGCAAACCUUGCGGGAUGGAGAGCGGGGAGGAAAUUCCAAGUCCUCCGCCGAAAAGCCAUUAAGGUUGUCUUAUUCGCAAAAAGACAAAACCCACCAGCUGCCUCUUAAAACACCUACAUAACACCCCCACAAGGCUGAUAAAGAGGAAACAAACAAAAAGACAAAACCUUAAUUGAGCCCAGUCCUCCUGGCCUGCUUUGCUCCAGAGCAGUCCCACUGGCCUCAAUUAAGGGAGCACAAGGCAAGGGACGGGAGCUUUUAUAACCACCAGGCCCUAUCGCGAGGGCACCGCAUCCCGCAGGCAUGUCUGCCAGCACCAACAUUGCCUAGACGGAACUGUGUGUGUGUGUGCGUAAGAGAGAAAGAGAGCGCAAAGCUGGAAGCAGCCGCCUCCAGGAGCGGGACUCCCAAGAUUAACAGCAUGCAAAUAUGGCGGGGGGGGGGGAGUGGGAGCGGAUCCACUUCGGCAAUGCUGAAUGUAGACACCACUCCCACUCCCCGGGGACAACUUAGUUUGGCCUCGGGGCUCUGUCUCCAAGGUCCCAGGGCGAUCUUGCAAGGGCGCUUCGCUUUACUCCCUUUACAAUGCGGGAGGGGAGAAGUCUCGCUCUCCUUAUCUCUGCUGGCAGAUAGUCUUCGUGGGGCCCGUCUAAGGAGCCCUUUGGCCUAGGCCUCAUGGAAAAGUUUACAAAAGCUUGACAGAUCCAGCCCGCGCGACCAGAACGAGCGCAGACCGCCCUUUUGCCAAGGGAGGCGAACGCGAAGCUGCGGGGCUUCCACCGAGCAGAUGGAGAGCCGAGGAGGGAAUUGCUCGGGAGAAUUAAAUACGGAAACAAGCUCCGAGGCGAUUGCCAUUAAAACACCAGCACGUAUUUCCCUCGCAGCUUCUGAUUCAAGGGGUUUUGGGGUUUUCCGAUCUACGCUUCCCUCCACUCUCUCUCCUCCCCCCCCCCACCGCUUCCUUCCACCCACAUACCUCGCUUUUCUGAAUCUGAGACGCAGCCGGCGAGGCAGAAACGAAAGGCGAAGGCUUCGCAAAGCUAGAGAUCGCCCCCGGACUGGCUUCGCAACAAACAAGCUACGUGCCUCAGAUGCCGAGCACAAGCAACCCCGGAGUUGGCUAGGGUUUUCCAGCCAACAGCCUCCGCCAUCCGCUCCUGGGAGGCAAGUUCUCAACCUCCCUGGAGCCAGAAAUGAAAGGUGCAAAGGACGCCCGAAAUUCCUAACGGCGGCGCUGGACCUCUUCCCACCCCCACCCCAGACUAGCAACACAAAGUCUUUGAACUGGAACCACCAGCUCUAGAACAUCGCCUCUCCGCCGCCCCCGAACCUUCUCGUUUAUUCCCCCCCCCCCCACAACCCGCCCAACCGACUCCGACACCCCCCUCAAAAAAGUGGCCUCGAAAACAACCGGGAAGAAAACCUCCCACAGCCUCCGCAGUCUCUUUCCAAGAGCGUUCAGAAAAGCAACAAAUACGCCCCACACACGCACCGAAAACGAGAGCCUCUUUUUACCUCAAUCACGUUGGCUGUCUCUUCCCGGUACUCAUCUUUGAACUUCGCUGCCGGUGGGCGAAAAGGAGAGCCAAGCAGCUCUCCAAAAACGCUCCUUUCCCCUCCACCCACUCUCCCCUUCCCCCCUGGGAGCCCAGAAGUGGCGGCUGCCAGAGGUGGGGCUUUUAUAGCCCUUUCCAAAUCCGAAAGAUAAAAGAGGAGCGAGACGCCGGGAAGCCUCUUCUCUCGAUCCCCCUCCGCCCGCCACCUCCUUCCUGCUGGAGCAGACAGAGCGCGACCGGCAGCUUCCCCUUUCCUCGUCGCUCGCUCGCUCGCUCCCCCCCCCCCACCUCGCGCCUCUCUUCACAACCCUGCAAACUUCAACAAACCCGCGCAACACACCCGCCCCUCGGAGCACUCCCCCCACCCGACGCCUCCGCGUCCCGCCUCUCCCCGGCCGAGGCGCAUUCAGGCGGUGACCGCUGUUCUCGCGAACAUCUCCCUCGCCUCCACGCCGCCCUCCUCCUCGGAGCCCGGAUCGUUUCAGGUUGAGAGACAUUCUGGCAACGAUCCCAACCGAGGAGAGGCAGGCUGGGACCAACGCGCGCGCUCUCUCUCCUACGCACACACAAACACAUAUACGCGCACACACACAGAGAGGCGCACCCCAGCCAGGUCUGGGGGCGGGGGGUGUUGAGGAAAAAGGUCGCCUCCUCGAGGUCCCCCCUCCCCACACACGGGAGAAGUGUACCAAGACUCAAGCGUACCGCAUGCGAUCGUCGCCCUUUUUGGUACUUGGCCGUCGCGGCGUUUCCGCAGAGAGAAAGAGAGACGAGAGAGAGAGAGAGAGAGAGAGAGAGAGAGAGAGAGAGGAGUUCAAAGGGAAGAGCGCUGACCUUAGCCUCGGCUCCGGAGAUGCCGCCGCGGAGUCGCUCCGGCGUCGUGUCCUCUCCAAAGCGAGCCACUCUCAGUCUAGGUGGGCGAGAAAAGUUUGCCAACCUCCGAGCCCGGAGGGGGGGGGGAGAGACCCGGGCUGCCCCCACGUCGGACAAUCCGGCCACCGGCGGACCUCGGCAGGGCAGCUGGGGCUGCGCGGGUUGGAAGAGGGGGGGGAGCGAGACCUACGGUCACUCCGCUUGACUAUCGCUUGGGCUCAGCACCCCGCCAGCAGCAGGCUCCCUCCGGCUGCCCGACGGCUCGGCUCUGGCAGCGCCAUGUUGCUGGUGUGGCUGCUCCGGGCUGGGCUCGACGGCUCCUGGCGACGGCGCCUACAUGCUCUUUCUUCCCUGGCGAGAGCCCCGCGUCCUGGCGGCGGCGGCGGCGGCGUGUGCGUGUGUGUGGCUGGGCUGGCUCUGGGGAUUUAAUCCACCGGGAAAGCCGCUCUUCCUCACCUUGCCGCUGGGAGAGCAGGCUCCGUCUGCUGCACGCUGCCCCCCUUCGCCUCCUCCUCUUCCACCGCCUCCUCCUUCCCUUCCCCGCCCUCUCUUCUUUCCCCUCCCCUCCCCCCGGCGGGCUCAGCACUCAGGGAGCCGCCGCCAGUAGAGGCAGCGGCAGCGGCAGCACCGCCACCUCCACUCCGCUCUCCCAAGCAGCAGCAGCAGCGAGGCUUCUCUUUCCCCCGCGCUCUCCCGGAGCUGCCUCUUUUCUUUCCCUUUUUUCCUUUCUCCAAGGCUUUUCGCUUUCUCUCCUUAAUUGAUUCCCCCUCCACUCCGCGGCGUUUCCUGGCUGCUUCCCCCCCCCCUUCCCCUCUCUCUCCUCCUCGCUCUGCUUGCCUUGCCCUGCCCUGCCUGAGGGCGCCCUGAGGAGACUCCGCUCUCCUUUUUGACCAGGCGAGGUGGAAAAAAGGGGGGAAAGUCUCUUCCCGCCCCCUCGCCAGACUCCCUGCUCGGCUCGGCUCGCUACCCAGAAGGCCAGUGGAGAGAGAGCCGCAAUUACCAUAAAGCUCCUCUCCCUCCGCUUCGCCAAGCUGUCAAAGCCCCGGCAGCAGCGGCAACGGCAGCAGCAGGCGCAGCCAGACCCCCGCCAGCCAGCCCGCCCGCCCGCCCGGCUUCCUCUCCUUUUUUCGCCCGCGGCAGAAGGCUUCGCUCUCCCCCUUCCGCGACCUCCUCGCCAAGCCGAGCGAGCGCGGGCUCUUCUCCGCCUCAAUAUCUGCUUCUCGCAAGAGCACCUUCCCGCGUGUCGCGUGUGUGUUGUUCGUGACCCCUUUUCUCCCUUUUCUUCAGCCCUUCAUUAAGAGUCUUUUCAAACAGGGAGGUGAGAGAGAAGGAGAAGCCCUCCACCUCGUAAACGGCAUCCUCAUAACCUUGUAUGAGGCGGAAGGAGGACGGCGCUGCCUAUUCAUUCCCCCUCCCCUCACGCGCCUAAUAUAUAUAUAUAUAUAUUUCCUCAGGUGUGGAAACCCGCGCUCUUCCUCCUUCCCCCCACGUUCAUCUGCCUCUCUUUGCAUUUCCCUGAGAACCCCAAAUGGGCUGUUUCUUUGUUCCCCUCCCCCUCCCUCCCCUUCCCCCCACCCGCGCGCGUUCCAUUGUCGCGCACAGCCUGCCCAAAGUGGAACGUCUUCUUCGUGUUCUCUCUCUCUCUCUCCCAGUCUUAUCUGGCCACCACUCUCCCCCUGGGGGGGAAAUGCCUCUCCAGCCCUCUCUUUUCUUUCCUUCUUUUAGAUAACUGUGUGGUGUCCCGCUUUCAUCCCAACCUGUAUUUAAAGACUCCCUCCAAACGAGCAAUUUCCCUUUAUCUCUCCUUUCCAGAAGCACGCAAGCCACCGUUCCCCUCCAGUGUACCCCUUGCACCCACGACUCUUCAACAUCCUUCAUUUUACCACCAGUCGCUGUUUUCAUACUCCGACGUGGGGCUUUCUUUCUCGCCCCUUUGCCCUCGAGCCUUUCUGGGUGAGGAGAACCAUUCGGUUCUCAAGAAGCUGCUUUCCGGAGUGCCCCCAAAACCGAUUCCCUCCCCUUGGUGUCUAAACAAGGUACCGCGUGGUUCCCACCUCUGAAACUCCCAAACACGUUUUUUUGUCACGGCGUGUGAAUCGCUCGGGAAGGUGGGGCGAGAGGGGUCCCCCCCCCCUUCGCUGUAAUUCUAGUACCGGCUGGAGAUUUCUCCGCCGGCCUUUUGAUCUCUCGUUCGCCGGGAUGGUCGUUAUCUUGCGUAUCUACUUACUUUGGUAGCGCUGACUCGGCAGGUCAGCUAGUAAAUGUCGGGUUCAGGACGCCCAUCUUGACUGAUCCUCGCUUGUUCGGUUCUCCCUCGCACAGCGCGUGAUUCUUUAUGGCUUUCCUAGCGAUUGCUGGAAUUAACAGCAAGGCGCCGGCUACAAGAUUUAACCCUAUAGACUUCGGGAAGUGGUGGUGUGUGUUGGGGGUGCGCGAUCGCGAUCGCGCGCCCUCGCUCAUUCAGGGACACUUCUUUAACCAGGAUGGUGUGUGCAGCAUCAGGGGGGGAAUCACGGGCUCCCACUGCAGUCCUCCUCUCUGCACGUUUACUUUGUAGUAAGCCUCACUGAACACAGUGGAACUUGCUUCUGAGGAAACGUGCCACAGGAUUGCGCUGUAGAGGUAUCGGGUCCCUACUCGCGAGAGAGCAGCUUCCACUGGUAAUCCGACAGGGCUGCAACCCUAAACAUGCUGGUCAGGAAAGUUUGGGGUCCCGGAUUUAUCUGAUUCGGAUUAGACGUGUCUAGGUUUUUAGCUAUAAGAGGAGGGCGUGGGGGGAGGGGAGCACAAACCAGCCGGGUGGAAUUGAACGGAAUUUUAUUGUCACUGACUACAGAGGUGAUUAUACCAAGCCCUCGCUCUUAAUUUUCGCUCCAGCGUCCUUAAAACACUCUUAUGUUGCCUGCAUAAGCUGUUUAUACCUAGGUAAGUAUGCUAGGAGCUGCGGCAUCCCGAGCGAUUAGCUAUUUCAACGCCGACGAGCGCGCCAGCCUGUUCAUCGCGAAGUCCAGCAAUCUGUGGGAAAGAAGGGGAAAUGUUUAAACCCGGUCCCUAGCAACAUUUGCCUUGAUUAAAAAAGUUGCUUACUCAGUAUGCAGUUUCCUUCUUUAAUUAUGCGAAUCUCUUACGUUUUAAUGGAAAGCAGGAGAUUCUUAAAAGUAGAGUCUGCUAGAAGGAUUUGGAAACCUAAACCCCAAGUUCUUAUCUCAUGAAUAAUCGCUUGAUUGUUUUGAUACCUAUUUCUAGCCAGAAAGCUAAUAUUCUGUUGGAUUUUAUUUUUAGCUUGCAUCUAUACAAGAGAGAGGGAGGGGUGGAAAGCCUCCUCUUCGCUUUCAAAGCAGAAGUGAAAGAUAUCUACCGUUUGUAACCCGAAACGCUGGGCACACAAGCUUUUCAGCUUCUUAAAACCAGCUGAUAGAAAUGGCAAAAAGGCAUCGCUUUCCCAAGCUGGAGGGUAAAUACUCUUAAGGGGGAGGGGAGGGGAGAGUAAAGAAACAAGUUGCCAAUGAAGUGUGUGCAUUGCAAAUGCGUCGGGAAGGUUUUCCCUCAGAGGUGCCUGGAAGUGGAAUUUAAAAUCCGAUAUGGAGGGGGGUGGGUUGCAUAUUGUUCCCAGUUUAUGAGCUUUGCAUCUGAAAACCAUCCUACACGUUUUUUCAAUCUCCGGCAACGAGUGCAAGGACACCUGGCCCAUUACAUUGUAAAGCUAUUUUUUAUAAAGACGUUUUAGGGCUAGACAUUAAAAGUUAUUAGACGGAGCACACGUGAGGUACAGACAUGCAGCUGGAUGGCGGUGGGGGUGGAAGGCCUCUGUUAGAUACAUAUGCAUUUCACCCGUAUCCAGAGAUAAAAAAGGGAAAACUGGGAGAAGGAAGUCCUUGUCGAAAUGUCCUGCUUUUACUUUCACUUCUUUUUUUGGACAAGCAAGUGUAGAUGUAUGCUUGCAAAGUGGGUUGAUUCUGUAUUUAAAACGCUUUUUAAAUCAUAUCCGUUUACUUUUCUGAGGAACCUUUGAAUAUGGUCACGACAGUACAGCAUGUGCGGCGACUCUAGCCCCCCCCCAAAAACAUUCUGAGUCUCUGAGUGUGUAUGGUCGAGCCUUCAGAAAAGGAAAGGACAAAUUCCUUAAAAAUAAAAUAAAAAAUACAGUUGAAAUACUGAACCUGCCUGCCGAGCAACACAACUGAGUCGAAGUCCUCGGAUUGUAAGACUGGUUUCAUUAACGCCAUUGUUUAACCAGUUUACGAUGGACUGAGCUGCCUAGACGUUCCGCGUCUCAGGGACCCGGAACAUUUGCUGGCGCAGGGUCUUUCCAAGUAAGUUCUUAGCGAUCACACGGGUUGUUUUUGUUUUCAGAUUUUAUUUUACGCUCCUUGAGUGCCUGUCUUCCCCACCCCCACCCGGUGAGGAUUCCCAGAGGUUGCAAACGCAACGUCUCCCGAGCUCCCCAGGCAUUGUGUGUGUGUGGGGGGGGGUCGUCUCGGUCGCUAAGUCUAACCCCUGCCCCGCGUUCACCCCGCCUGUGUUUUGCUAAGCAGAAUCGCCGAGGGAGCCUUCGCCGAAGGAACUGAGGCCGCAAAUCGCCAGGCCUCUUUCCCUCCCUUCCUCCCUCGCCUCCUCGGAGAGCUGACCCUCGGGUCAGGCCGUUGUGCGUUGCGCUGGGGUGGGGGGGGAGAGAGAAGAGGAGCACUGGAGAGCGAGCGGAGCCAGCGAGCCGUAGACGCUGGCGCUCCUCGGGACCGAAAGCGUCGGAGAGGGAAAUCCACGCCAAAAAAACAGCCGCUGCGGGCACGCCGAGCGUUUAAAGACCUCCUGGAGGCAGCGCUGCUGUGGAGGACGAGCCAGAAGCGCCUCUCUGCGGAGCUGGGAGGCGAGGGGAACCGCGUAGCUGCAGCCUUUCGCCUCGCUCUGGCUGUUUGGCGCGACAAUGGAUUCACACGGCACCGGCCCUUCUUUUCUGAACUCCACGUGGCUCCCCGCUGGCCCCUUUUCCAGGCAGCGCUGCAUCCCGAAGCAGCAGGCCAGUCUCUUGGCAAGGCACGUAAUCAAUCACCGGAGCCGCGCCGCGCUGGAGGCCCCGGGCCUGAUCAACCUCGGCCCGUGACUCAGUCCUUUUCUCCUUCCUAA